AUGUUGAAUGGUGCGGUUACCGGAAAAGCACCAACCAUAAAUUCAUUGGUGGUAUCACUACUGAUAGGGCUAGUUAUCCAAACAAAAGCGGAAGAAUCUCGAAUCAUAAAUGGAAAAGACGCUGAACUCGGCCAAUUUCCUUACCAAGCCAAAUUAAUAAUACAAACGGAUCAAGGUCGUGCCCUGUGUGGUGGAAGUCUGCUUAGUGACUCAUGGGUUUUGACUGCAGGACAUUGUGUGGAAAAUGCUCGAUCAAUUGAGGUUACGCUUGGUGCGGUGGAUUUAAAUGAUCAAGGAAACGAUGGACGAACUGUUCUCAACUCCACGGAAUAUGUUCGUCAUCCGGAUUAUAACCCGAACACAGCUUCCAAUGAUGUCGCCGUAGUUAGACUUCCAGAAAGUGUGGCUUUCAGUGAUCGGAUUCAACCGGUAAAGCUUCCGACCGGUCACGAUGACUACAACCGGCGGUUGACCUUGGUCAGUGGAUGGGGUAAAACGAGGGAUUAUGGUGGAGCCGCUCAAAAAUUACAAUACACUACCCUGACCGUUAUUCGUAACAGCGAGUGCUCACUAUUCUACGGACCCGGUACGAUACAGCCAACAACACUCUGCUGUCGUGGUGAAAAUCGACAGUCAACAUGCAACGGAGAUUCCGGAGGACCGCUGGUUUUGGAGAGCGAUAAAACACAAAUCGGUGUGGUUAGUUUUGGAAAUGUUAUUGGCUGCGAACGGAUGAUACCGGUUGGUUUCGCCAGGCUGACCGAGUUCACGGAUUUUAUCAGAAAUACAACCGGUGUUACGGAAUAAUGUUCACAUUGCCCAUUACGAAAA